AGGUCCAAAGGAAGCACUACAGCAAGGAAAAGAAGCAAACAAGGAGUGGAACGCUGGCAGCAUCUGCUGUGUGGGUAGGUCUUGAUGGCAAAGGAAGAAGCAGCAGCAGAGCUGGAUGAAUCUCCCAAAAGCGAGGGAACUCGCAGCACCCUCACAAAGCAAAGCACCACAGCAAACCAGCGAGAGAAAGGAAGGAGUGUGUCUGCCAGAGCUGCGAGUUAUUGCCUACGAGAUCCUUGGGGUAUAUGUGGUGGGUGUGAAAGCCCAGCUGUGUCGUACACAGCUGCUUCCCAACACAGCCUGAGGAGGAAUUUCUGGGCUUGGUUCAUGUGCAGAUGCACUUCCUGAAUCCUGCCAGGCCCUGUGGGUUACUGGUUUAAGUAAAUAACCCCACCAGUGACAGCGCACAACAGCGGAUGCUGAAGCCUCUGGGAGGUGAGUCUGCAGCCUGGACGAUGUCAAACCAAACUCCAAACGGCCUUGCACAGGGUUGAGUAGUCACCAAACCCAUUUGCCUUUGCUUUGCCAUCCAUGCUGGAGCUCGCCGAAUGCCACAGUGAGACAGGGCUGUGCACUUCUGGUCCCGCUUCAUCCUUGUGCACAUGAAGACAGCAGAAACUGCUGGCUGGGAAAAAGCAGAGACUCCUAUCUGGACCAUAUGCAUCCUGUGGGGCAAUCCCAUCGGAUCGGUUAGCAGCAUCACUCUUGGCAGAUUCUUGGCUGCAAGAAAUUUUGUAAUAUCCUUUCCAGAAAAAGCAUAAAAUGGGUUUGUAAAGCCCCCGCUGGGUAUGCGAUAGCCUGUAGUCUGGUUUGCUAAAAGGAGUAGGAGUAGUUUUGAGUACCUCUGUAGGAAAAUCAGAGUGUGAGGGCUGAUGCAUCAUAAGUGCCAUAUGAGUGAAAACACAGGGCUAAUUCUGUCUCAGUUCCCCGUGACAGGAGCUGUGGAGUCAGCAGGCCAGAACCAUACAUGACUGGCUCAUUCUGCUCAUACACAUCUGAAACUCCCAUCUGAAUGGAUUUGCUCCUGUCUGCCUUGGCUUCACACACUGCAGAAGUGGGAUUUGGUCCAGUGAUAGGUUCCUCUUCAUCUCUGGGCAGAUUUGUGGGCUGACACUCCAAGAUGUGCAGCCUAACAUGCUGGCAAUCUGUCACGCUCCUGGCUCCUGUCAGCUCCAACAGCUUGCUGGGAAAACACACUGCCAAGAGAUGCCAGUGUGAUCUGAGGGACUGGGGAAGCUCUGCCUGUCGGCACGUGCAUCCCUGCCCUACUUGGCUCCUCUGUCAAUUCAUCCAGCCCUGGGCUUUCCUGGUGACUGUCACAGCUUCCUGUCUUCCCAGAUCUUCACUGGAAGUUGCCUUCCCACUGCUGAGCUCUCACAUUACUGCUCUCUCCUCUCUCUGGUGGACCAGUUCACUUGGCACCAUGGCUGUCUGUGAAGCCCGAGGCUGUAUUUAGGUCUCAUCACUUGCACACCCUGAAUAGCUGUGGCUCCCCUCUUGGACAAGCUCUGCAUUCGUGGUACUGAAACCUCUAAUCAGGCUGAAAUGUUGGCUUGGAACAGCUUGAAACAGGAACUUUGUGACUCCAGUCUGGAGCUCAGGAAUUCCUUGUUUGGUUGGGCUUGAAAAGCUGAACUGCUGGGGAUAUCUGACCUUUAUUAGAUUAGUCUGAGUCUGCUGCUUCAAGAGAGCUUCUCUAGAGACCACAGCGAUCCAUGUACAUGAGAGGAUGUGGUGUCAGUGUCUUGCCUCACUAGCAGUACUUUCCAGUUAUAAUGAGCACUUACAAUCCUGACAUUGCUGCAUAAAGCAAAUCUGCAGGAUUAUAAAGCACGAACAAACGAUUGAGGACAUAAACCAGAAAAAAGAGCCCAAUUCAACAUAAACCAAAAUGCUGCUGAAACAUCAGCCUCUGCUCUGCAAUGCCAUGGGACCUGGAGGAUAGAGGGCCUCUUCCUGGGGUACUUGCUGCAAUCCAACCCACAGCAGUAUGAAGAACGAGAACGAAGAGGAGAGUGAAUCACUGCUCUAGCAGGAGUUUUGCUGCUGCCCCCCAUUCCAGGCUCCGACCGAAGUGGCAAUGGCCGCUGGUUCGUCCUGGCAGGACCUGCUGGCCGGAGCCUCCCUGGGUUUCCGCUCCUGUUCGCGAGCUGAGCUUGCCCUCUGCUGUUUCCCGAGUGAACUGUUCCCUCCGGUUAAAACUGGGAGACAGGAACAGCGAGACCUGAAGAACCGGGGGGGUUACCCCCAGCUUUCAAAUACUGAAACGUCAAAAUCGUGACACUUCAAAACCUGACCCCCCCGGAGGGGGAAAAGCCUCAUCCGAGACUUCAGCGCAUGCUUACUUCAUGUUCUCAAGCUUUUCUUUUUCAUCACAAAGACCAGAACCCCUUUUCAUUUCCCCCUAAAUAAAAGCCCCGUGCUCUCUGGAGACCAGGCAUCCAGGUGUGACUGAGUGCUGCUGAGAGCAGGACCAAAGGCAGGAUGCGCCCACACUGGGAGGUGUGGGAGGUGCCUCGGAACAAGAGGUGCUCUGCAGUGAGGACUCAGCAGGUACCAGGGAGCUGGUGCCUGUGGAUGGUUCAGUCCAAGGAAGGAGCAGUAAAUGGGAUGUUCAGUGCUCAGAUCUUGCUCACACCUCCCUUUGGAAGUGGCUCCUGGGAUUAGCCAGCGUAGAAAGACUGUAGCCCUCCCACGGAUCAUCUCUGAAGUGCUUCUCUAUGUGACUUUGCACAGCUCUUCAGUGAAGGCUUUGUUCCAUGCAUGGAUAACACUUCAAAAGAUGUGGCCUUGGCUUGGAAGAGUCUCCAGGAAGCCAAAGCAGUGCUACAAAAGAUUGAAAACAAAUUCUAUCAUCAGACAUGGAGAUGUGCCAAAUCCCAGGCAGCCAGGAGAAAGCUUUGGCAUGAAGAAAGCUUUGAUGGUGAGAGGAGCAAAGAUGAAAUGCCUUUGAAUGAGAAAAGCAAUGAGAUUCCUCCAGCCUACAGAAAGGGAAGCUGUGUUGCUCUCUGCCCUGCUCAGUCACAGAUCUGUUUCCUUGAGAGCCCUUCUGUGAGCUCUGGCCCAUCCAGCAUGACCCCCAGGGAGGACUCAAGCUCAGCACCUUGCAGCUCUGCUGGGGAGGAGGAUGUGAAUGCUGAAGGCACAGCUGGGACAUGGUCUUCUGCAAAGAGCUUGUUCAGACCAAGAAGGGACCAUUUCAGGGAGCAGGCAGAUUCAGGAGGCAGCAAGCCCAGUGCUGAGAAGCUGGAAGACUUGUGGAAAAAAUCACCCCAGAACAAGUUAGAGCAACUCAAGAAGAGAAUCCAGGAGCAGAAGCAAAAGCAGGAAGCAGCAUUGCAGAAGUGCCUGGUUUCUGCCUAUGCUGAAGAGCCACUGCAAAAAAGAGGCCUGAAGAGAAAGGUGUGCCAAGUGAUGUCUGCUCCUCCUGCUCCAGCUCACAGAGAUAGAAGAGAGAGAAGCUCAGCACGGAGAGUUCAAACACAAAGGCAGACGCAGCCUUCACCCAAGUCCUCUGUGCUGGAGAGAGCAGCAACAGGUAAAGGUGCGAAGCUGCCUGGUGCUUCUGCCUGGAGAGAAGGUCAGAAGUUAGCUAGGAAGUUGCUUGGUCCACCCCCUACCUUUCCAAACCAGAGGAGCACAGCUGAAGAGCAGACCACAGCAACUACCCCCAGCAAGGCACCGACCAAGGAUACAAAGCAAAUACUCAGGAGCCUGCACUUGCAAAGCCAGUGUCACAAUGAACAUAGACACACAAGGCUCCACCAGGACACUGCAAAAGAAAAGGUGGAAGCUCUGCAGAGAUACCUGGGGAUCCAUUCUCCUUCACCUGGACCUCAGGGCACAGCUCUGUCUGCCUUCAGUGGGGAAAAGAUACGCUCUUCAGCAAUGAAAGAUGGAGCCAAGCCCAGGACCUCAGGAAACUGCAGCAGAGGAAAAAGUGCAUCUCCUCAGAGACAGAAAGGCUCAAGCAGCCCUGCACAGAAAGAGUCUGAGAAAGAAAACCUAAAACACCCCUCAAAAAGGAGGGUGAACAUUAAGAAACCUCACCCCUACAGCCCUGAAAUUAUUCAGGAGUUUAUGUAUCAAAAGAAGGAAGAAAGAAAGAAAAAAAGCCUGGAAGAGAAAAAGUCCUUGGUGCAGGCCACAGAGCUGAGAAAUAAGAGAUUGCAGGAAGUAUACAGGAAACAGAGAGAAGCUGUAGGAAGGAAAACGUGUUCUGACCAGAUGCAGAAGCUCAUGGGUAAAACAGCAUCUGCAAAAGGGAGUCCUCAGGGUAAACGUGAACAAGAGCAAACCACUGGUGGCAUUCCAGAGAGGAGUUUCACAGCCUGGGUGGAUAAAACAUCCUGGACUCUAUUAAGUGAAGACCACACAAGCAGGAGUCAACUAAAAGCAGUUCAGUCACCUAAAACCAGAGAGGCAUCAGCUUCUCCAGCAACACCAGAGUCCAAGUGCUGGUUUGUCAGUCCUCUGAAACGUGAAGACUCGAGGGACUGCUCUCCCUCAGCCUCACACAUGCCUCCUCUGAGCUUCUUCCUUCAUCAGGAAGAUACAAAACCUUAUUCCAAGGACUUGACUUCUGGUCUUUCUCCAUACAGAAGUAAACAGGAACGAGUGAAAGUCAUACGUAGUCUAUCUAAGGAACUUUCAGAGAAGAUUGAGAUGGCAACUAAGAGACUGAAUGCAGUGAGCUGGACUCAAGACUCCACUGGCAAAACAUCGUCAGAGAAAACUCUGGACCUUUACAAUGAGUCUUCUUCUGUCCCAGAACCUGAUACCAUCAAGGAUGAGCAAGACAGGACAAUGAUCACACAAAUGCUUCUGGAUGCCCCAGAUCCUGACGCAUUAGUUGUGCCAUCAGGUUUUGCUGUGAAUAAGGGCUCCGAGGUGGACACAAGCCUAUUGCAUGGAAAGCCCAUAACUGGCCCAGCCACUCCAUCUCACAGAUUCCUCUCUAGAAGUUCACAGAAAGAACUCACAGCUCAGAGGAAUCACUGCUGGUGGGAGCCUAAAGUUCAGGAUCCAGAGGAAACUGCCAAUGGGUCUCCUGGAGAGAGCCUGAGGACACGGCACAGCCGAUUACAGCUCUCCUCCCCUCUGAGGGCUGGAGCUGAGGCUCAAGGUGGCUGUGAGCAGGACCAUGCUCCUGCAGGCGAGGGACACCCUGGCUGCACAGAACUGGAAAAGAAACACAGGAGCCACCUGGACUAUUUGAGGCAAACCUCCCUCCUACUGGCUCACAAACUGAAGGUUCAUCAGCUGCAGCAGAGACAGCAGCUUACAGUGCUGAGGGAGAAAGCAAAGCUAGAGGUUCAAGAGAGCCAGAAGUGUUUGAAUGACCUGCUUCAGCACAGUUCAGGGGAGUGCAGUAGCUCCAAGGGCAGUUAUCCUUUUGUGCCAAGAUUGGACCAUACAGAGCCAACACAGAGAGGACAUCAACCAGAAAGUGACGACACAGCUGGCAGUAAGCAAGAGAUGCAUUCACUGAAACCACCUGCAUUGAAGACUGAAAGAGACCACAGUCCAGUGGAUCCCAAAACAGUGGGAGAAAGAAAACCUCUGGGAGAAAGGGAUUUGUACCCCUCAGUGCUUCAAGAAGGAUCCCUGCUGGCAGAGCACGGGGAGCCGCUGCACGACCAUCAGGCCUUUAACCUGUCGUCACCUCUGGUCAGUCUGCACCACGGGGAGACCUUGGCAGGGGAUGACUCCCGAGAGAGCAGCGAACAGGGCAGCUCUGCCAGCCAGCGGAGCGAGGUCACCCGGCACUAUGGAGGUUCCAGCACCUUCUGCCGCUUCAGCUUGGCCAUGGCGGAGCAGUGCCUGAGGGGAGAGGAGCUGCGAGCUCGGCACCAGGCUGCCCUCCUCCAGCUCCGCAGGAAAGCUCUCCGGGAGAAAGCCACGGCCGAGCUGGCCUGGCUGGAACACCAGCAACGCUGUCUGGAAAACCUGCAGGAUAGCGAGGGAGCCUCUGCCAUGGCCGCAGAGCAGUGCAGAAUCCUAACGGAGCUCAACCAGGAGCAGGCAGAAAUCCAGCACCUGCAAAACAUCUACAGGGCGGCACACCAGGAAAGAAAACUAAUACUAAAGCAGCAAAGAGAAAUCUUAAUGAUGCAGCAUUUGACAGCACAACUCCAGGAAAAGCUGCAUUAUUUGGCAGGGAAGGAAGAGGCUACUAAAUCACAGUCACCAGUUGCCUCGCUUACAAGGAGCCCAGCAGCUGAAGAAGAAAUAAAGCUGAAGACAGUAAGACUUAUUUCUAGCCCAAAGUUACAUUCCUCUUCCGCAGAGUCUGUGGCCCCCCCAGAAAAGCCUGAUCUGUUGGGGAACAGGGACAGUUGUGCCCAGCUAAAGAACAAACAAAGCAAGAAAUAUGAGGGUUUUCCUUCUGAGAGCAAGGGAACACUGGUACGCUGCCAGAAGCAGGCAGAGGAGUUGCCAGGUUUGGAGCCAUCCCUUGGUGCGCAAGGUCCUGAUGUGUCUCAAACGGUGGCCAAGAAAGUGUGUGGUGCUUCUGGUCAAACCACAGGCUCAGUCUUUAUGUUUAAAGACUGCAAAACCACAGAGCUUAAUGCUCAGGAUCAUGUUUUAUUACCUCUGGAACAUGCAGAUUCAGCUAGAAUGGAUGAGGCCGUAUCCACACCAUUUACAAGAGAAGGCAGAAAGUGUGCAUUUCCGGAGUUUGCGCUGGAGGAAAAGGCACUUGUUUUAAACCCAAAGAUAGAUCCUAAAGACAAUGAAGAUAUUAAUCCAUGUGACAUUAAAGAAGUAGAUGUGCCUGUCCUGUAUGAGACCCAGCAGGUGGAUGGGAGGCAGUGUUUGAAGCAUUUGGACCAUAUUUCUCAUGAAGCUCCUGAUGAAGAACUACAAGCAUUUUCUGAAGGAUUAACUUCCACUGACUCAUCACUCAGGUUGAACAACUUCUCCUCAGGAUGUCAAAGUGCCAAAUCAGACUCUUCACUCCUGGAGUUUCAGCAAGUGUCUGCAGUUCGGAUUGACAUUUCAGAAAGCUCCAGUUCAGAUGCUGAAUCAGAGCUGAAAAAUGGAGAGGACACAGCUGUCAGUAUCCCACACGAGUUUGUCUGUGACAAUAGUGAUGCAUUUCCUGAUGUUUCAAAAGUGCCGCUCAUAGCAAGAAGCAAUGGAAAGGAAAUGUUACUUAGUGACAAACACACUGAAUAUGAAGUGCCUGAAGAGCACAGCACUGAGGCUUCAUCAUGCUCCCAGAAAUACGCUGGAGAUGAUUCAGAUCAUGGCUGCACUGAUCAGUUGCUUUCUUUCAUUGCAUUAGACAAAGUAAAUGCCUCAGCACAUUCCUCCCAAUCUGAUAACCCUGCCAAAGGAAUGGACGAGCCACAUCUGGAUGACUUGGAAAACUACAGUAGAAACAAAGCCUGUUCCCAGGAGGUCACAAACCAGGGUAAAGCUGCAGUUGCCAGCUCCUCAUGCAGUGAUGAUAUUUACUCACCUAAGAUCAAUGAACUGCAGAAACCUAGUUCUGCAACUGGGAGAGUGAAAAAGGUUGCUGGAAUUAACAGUUUCUUUGUGGAUCAAAAUAGAAGCCUAACGGGGUUUCCACUCACAGAUUCUUCGAGACAUCUAGAUUUGGUGACUGACCAGCUUAGGAACACUGUCUCUUUUCCACCCAACAGAGAUACUGAAAAUAACAAAUUACUGACAUGUCUAUCUUCAAGAAACUCAUCUGCUUCAGGAGGUGAAAAUAAGCAUGCGCAACUUUUGAACAAGAGACUUGGAUCCAGCAAAUCCAGUCAGACUGUAUCCUUGUCCACAUCCAUGCCUGGAAUUUCUGAGGAAGUCCAUAUAGAAACCAACUCAUUCGAGUCUUUGCAAAGGGUGGCUACAGAAAAUCAAAGUAUUUCCACAACAGAAAGGCAAGCCAUAAAGGAAGAAAGGAAAGGACUGUGUUCUUCUGUCUCUUCAAGAAAGCAAUUGCUUCAAGCUGAGAACUGCUCUUCCAAAGGUGAAGAUGAUACAAUUUUUAUUACUGAUGAGGGUCUCCCUCCAACCGAUGAGGAAAUCCUGUCAGAAAUACUGUCUCCUGUUGAUGAAGUAUUGUCCUAUGGAAGUGCUGACUUGCCAUCCUCUAACAAAAUGGAUUUGUCAUUUCUAAGUGAAGAUCUUCCUCCUCCCCCUUUAGGCACAGAUACAAUGAAAAAUGAUGCUCCUAGCUUGAGUAUGGAUGAUCUCCCAUCUCCACCAGAACAAAUGACAGUCUCGGAGACUAGAGAGUGUAUGGAUGAAGAUGCAUCACUGAAAAUGGACACAUUGCCCCCAUUACCUGAUAACACUGUGCCUGAGCAAUUUCCCCUGCUCAGUCAAGAAACAACUGCUGUUUUUUCAACACAGAAUGGUACAGUCUCAGAGCAAUCUUUAGUUAAAGGUAUUUCUGGUGCAAAGGAGAGCUUAUCAGAAAGCCAACAAGGAGAACAUGAGACACCUAUGGAGUAUUCAGAGUUUCUGCCUGUGUCAAAUGCUGCUACUUCUGGUCAGGCCAAGGAAAGUUUCGAUUUCACAAGGAAACAAUGCAAAACACACUUAGCACUGCCCAAAGCUGAGGAUAACAGUGCCGACCCAUUGUCAUCAUUUCAAAUUGGGGACAGAGUGUUAGUAAAGCAGACCCAACCUGGAACCCUCAUGUUCAAAGGACAGACUUAUUUUGAUAGUGGCCAUUGGGCUGGUGUUGCACUUGACAAAGCUGAAGGUGAUAACGCUGGCACUUACAAAGGGGUGAAGUAUUUUGAGUGUGCUCAGCACUGUGGUGUCUUUGUCAGACCUAACGAGAUCUCCCACUUGUUGGGGGCUAGGGAAAAUGAUUCCAGUUACACUGGGGAUGAAGACUCUGACUCCUUCUAUGAUGAUGAAUCCUUCAAAGGAGACUGCAAAUAUUCUGAAGGUGAUGAGCAGAGAGCAGGGUUUACAGAGGAGAAAGCAGAAGACACAAACAGUGUGGAAGGAUCAGAAGUGAAAGAAACCCAGGCCAGGUUACACACUGCCUUGAUGGCUGGAAAAGAACAAAAGAUUCCACGUUGUGACCAGUGUGAUGAAUUCCUCUGUCAAAUUAACCUAAUGUGCUUGGGAUCAGAUACAGAAAAACCAGAACCAACACAAAUAAAGCAAAGGACCCUUGCAAAUGUGACUCCAAUGGAAAGUAAGACUGGUAACACAGAUGAGGGAAACACAAGCAAAAAUAUCUGUCGCUUGGUAGAGGAUCGGAAAAGGAAUAAACUUGUUGGUGAUAUUGCAAGUGAAUCUGGUACAAAACUUCUUGACAUUUUAAUUGUAUUUUCUGAACCAGUUCAGCACAAAUAUAAAAGUGCCUUUGCAAAAGACCUAAGACAAGAAGACUCUCAGAAAUUGUUUCUCCUUAAAGAAAACUCAGUUUCUUUCUUAUCUGAACCAUCAGCAAAGGUUUCUGAUGUCUUGCUGUGUGACUCCGACAUACGCAGUGUUUAUGGUUGUCACACAGUAGCAGAGAGAAUUGCAACUAAAUUUGUAGGUGAUGCAGUUAAAGAAUAUAAGAUUAAGAGAAAACAAGGCUCAAAAGUAGACAAUGUAUUUCCCUUAUCUCCAGAGGCUUCUCCAACCACUUUGCCAGUUAUAUUUGAUUUGACCCGUGAGUUGCCAUGUGCAGAAUAUCAAGUGAUUGCAAAUCCAAAUGCAUUUCCGUGGAUGAGAGAAAGUUCCAGGCAUCUUUGCAGAAGAACGGAUGUCAGUGUUGUCAAGAUUCAGGAACUCUGCAAAGAAGAAUCUCAAUGGACUUACUACAAGGAUGAUGAAUUAACUGUGAAGAUGAGAAUGAUCGAAGACAUAUCUGAUAGCUUGAUCCUCGAUACAAUAAGAGUUCUUAACAAGAUCUAUCUGAGAAGAGCCUGUAAUUCUAAGGAUUCCCUAAAAGACUUUUAAGGAUUUUUAAUCUCUGAUUUUUAAAAUAUUUCUUUUUUUCAGGCAAGGAAUUUUUUAGGCAUGAUUUCAGAAUUUUAGUUCUGAACUUGUACCAAAUACCAGUGGGAUAUUGACCUAAUCUGUGUGUUCAUGUGUGGUUUGGAAAUGCUUAUUAAGGUAAUGCUCACCUUUGAUGUCACACAGAAUCUAAAGGGUGGAAGUUUUAUUCUUGUCUGGGUUUUUUUUGGUCAAGACAGCACUUUAUUCACUUGUGUGUUUUAAGAGCACAACAUGUGUUAAAAUUGUGUCCAAGUCUCUACAAACAGGGUUCGAACCCAAUUUAUGUGUAAAUUAUCCUAUUCUUUGUUAUCAUGUUCAGGCUAUGAGUGAUGACAGGUGAAUAAUACUGUGAAAAUAAUGUUCAGAUAAUCAUAAGUGACUCUUAAGAAUACAAAUGUGCAAACAGAAUUAAAUCUCCUAGAAACAGAAUUGCUGUGUGCCUCUGCAGUUUGGAAUAAACUCCUCUAACUGGAACAAGCCUAAAGCUUUUCCUGAUGGGCACAGCAGAGUUAAAUGUCACUGCAUCAUUUUUAUAUGUUCUUAUACACUAUGGAACUGGUUAAAAGGAACCCGGAGAUGGCUUCAGAGAUGUGGCAUAUGGAAUGAUCUUGUCCUGGCAGGAUCUAGAGCCAGACAUUCAUUUUUAAUAUCUACAACUUUAUGCAGAUGAGACAAACCCUGAUGUAAUGCUCUUUAAAGGGGAUAUUUUUCUAUCAGUAACUCCAAUUUCUGAAAAUUAAAUAUGUGCCUGUGGUUAGGUUAUUUAUCAUACAAUUCACGUGAGCCCUUUGAAUCUUACAUCUAAACAUGGGCUGCUGAAGGAUGUGCUUUACUGGGCAAACCAGAGGAAAUCAAUAAUCCUAUUCUUUUGUUUUGGCAAAAAUAGAAAAAUAUCAACAUUCAGGGUGUCUUUCAAAUGAAAUGAAAAGCAGGACAAUUACAGAUAAGCCAUAUAUAAACUCCUAUUUAAAAUCACAAUAUUUACAAUAUAGGUUUUGUGAGGAAAACAGAAAUACAUUCCAUGUUUCUAUUUUUAAAUACUGAUGGCUUAAGUUUUCCUACUGAACUGUUUGUUUUCUGAAUAAACAAAAUACCCCCCCAAAAUCUCACUUUUAUUUGUUAGUACUGAAAUCAAGUGGAAUUGCAGGCCAUAGUGUAUGCUCUGCUGUUCUCAGUGGUGAAUGGGAGUGGUUUUGUUGUUUUGCAGACAGCUCCGGCUCGCUGCCCCCAGUGCCUUAACUGUUGAUCUUCUAUCAACUAUUUUCAUGUCCCUUGUGGUACCUUUUCUUAACACUCUGACUCUUAUCCUCAUUGACGAAUUAAUCCAGAUAAGUUAUUUGUUCCAAUAAUAAUGUUUUCUUGUUGUCAGUUUACAGUAGGAUUUAACUCAAUUUUUUUCCUCCUGGACUUACAGACAAAUUGUGGGAUACAAUGACAAAUCCAUAUAUUGAAGCACUGCAGUUUUUCAGUUUACUGUCACUAUGGUUUUGCAGCAGCAGCAGGAUCCUUGUUGUAUUUGGAAUGAAAGCUAUUAAAAAUACCACUUAUGUAUGUGAA